CGAUAAUUUGGAACAAGAUGUCGCACAAACUUAGAAAAACCUCGCGUUGUGUUUCGAUCAAUAUUAUCACCAAUUUUAAAGGCGCACACAUAAUUAUAAAGCACGGCAUGAAACUAACGUAUAAUUCACUUCACUAAAAGCAGCUCCAGGUCACAGUGAAGUGGACUCCUCAGCCCUGAGACACAGUCAUGCCUCAGAAGGUGCAGAAAAAGGCGCAGGCGUCUCACUACAUGGAGCUGGGAGCUGGUUAUCAGUACUGGCCUGUUCUGGCACCUCGAGGCAUCCGACUGUACACGUAUGAGCAGAUCCCUGUGUUUCUCAGAGAAAACCCUUACAUCACAGACGGAUACAGAGCCUACCUGCCCUCCAGACUCUGCAUCAGCAGCCUCUUCAUUCUGUCCAAUGAGACAGUGAAUAUCUGGAGUCAUUUGCUCGGUUUCCUGCUCUUCUUCUGUCUCGGCGUCUACAACAUGGCGUCCGUGCUGCCGGCACUCGGCGCCUCCAGAGAAGAUUACGUCAUCUACUCCAUCGGACUCUUCUGUUUCCAGGUGUGUCUCCUGUGUUCCGUGUGUUAUCACGUCUUCUGCUGUCACCGCUCAGAGAAAACCGCUCGCCGCUGGAUGGCGCUGGACUGCGCUGGCGUGUCCGUCGGGAUCCUGGGUUGUUACGUCCCCGGAGUCUUCUACACCUUCUACUGCAACAACUACUGGCGUCAGGUUUACCUGCUGAGCGUGUUGGCGAUGAUCGUCGCCGUCUUCUUCGCUCAGAUUCAUCCUCACUUCCUCAGUAAACAGUGGAAACAGCUGCGCUCGCUUAUCUUCUGCUCGGUGGCCGUUUACGGCCUCGUCCCCACCGUCCACUGGAUCUACAUCACGGGAGGCUCCUCCCCCGAGCUCGUACAGGCGUUUCUUCCUCGUAUCUUGGGAAUGUAUGUCAUCGCAACGGUAGCGCUGAUUUUCUACGUCUCUAAAGUUCCUGAACGAUAUUUUCCAGGUCAGUUAAACUACAUUGGCUCCAGUCACCAGCUUUUCCACCUGCUGCAGCUGCUGAUGUUUUAUUGGUGGCUCGAGUCUUCAGGUUUUCUACUGAGUCAGAGGCACACUCACUCGUGUCCUGAAGUUCCACAACAGCAGUGACACGCUGCAAAGCAUCCUGGGAAACUCACCCCUUCACACAGUUGAAGAAUUUCUGAGUCGAGUGUUGGAUGAACGUGAGACAAAGCUGCCGUCUUCAGAACGUCAGGUGAUACACAGGAGGACGAGGAGUUUAAGAUUUAAUCGCUGUCAUGUAAUGACCUGAAAAAUAGGUUUUAACCCCGAGGUUAAACUGUAAGAGGUUCAGUUUUUGUUUCUUGUUGAUAAAGAAAAAAAGCAACGCAGAGCUGCAGGGGGCAGUUAUUUGCUUUGUUUCUACAGAACAGGCUAAAGUGGUUCUGCAACACUGAGGCAAGACCCACAGAUCUUUCGAAACUUUAACAAUGAAAGUUAUUUAACAGUUCAAAUCAGGUUCAUGAUUUCUGACACUUAAUUAGUUGUAAAAUGUGGAUCCUAAACAAAGUUUGGUAAAAAACAUUAUUGCUGUUGUUUAUGUUAAAGAUAAAUGCACCGAUUUACUUUUUCCAAACUGCUUCUCUGUUCAGGGCCAAGUGCAAUGUCAAAGGUCAACGUGUGUUCUAACCACUUCAUGACAGAAAUGAGACAAAUGUACUUGUUCACUCACUUCAGUCAUUGAAUGUUUGUUCAGACUCUUUUAAGUUUCAUUUAUUUAUUUUGUUUGUGUCCCAAAAACAAACUUUAAAUACACUGGAAAGAAUGAAAAAGUGUAUGACUUUUUAUUUAAUGUUAAAAUGUUUUUAAAGAACGAUGAAACGGAAUAAAUUGAUCGACUAUUCUAUUUUUGA